UGUGAUGGGGUAAAGUUCAUAAUUUGGUAGGCUGGUUUUAAGUUGAAAAACUUCAUAACACCACAUCCUAAUUUCUUUUUCUGAGGAUUAUUCCUUAAGGAAGUCUUGCUACAGGGCUCCUUGGGCCAAGUCCCUUUCUGAUGGCUUUUCUGAAAAAAUACCUUCUCACCAUUCUGAUGGUCUUCUUGGCCUACUACUACUAUUCUGCAAAUGAGAAGUUCAGACCAGAGAUGCUCCAAGGAAAGAAAGUGAUUGUCACAGGGGCCAGCAAAGGGAUUGGAAGAGAAAUAGCUUAUCAUCUGGCAAAGAUGGGAGCCCACGUGGUGGUGACAGCGAGGUCAAAAGAAGCCCUACAGAAGGUGGUGGCCCGCUGCUUAGAACUUGGAGCAGCCUCAGCACACUACAUUGCUGGCAGCAUGGAAGACAUGACCUUUGCAGAAGAGUUUGUUGCAGAAGCAGGAAAUCUCAUGGGAGGACUAGACAUGCUUAUUCUCAACCACGUCCUCUACAAUCGUCUGACUUUUUUUCAUGGUGAGAUCGACAACGUACGCAAAAGCAUGGAGGUCAACUUUCACAGUUUUGUGGUCCUGAGCGUAGCUGCAAUGCCGAUGCUAAUGCAGAGCCAAGGAAGCAUUGCUGUCGUCUCCUCGGUGGCUGGGAAAAUAACUUAUCCUCUGAUUGCUCCCUAUUCUGCAAGCAAGUUCGCUCUGGAUGGAUUCUUCUCGACCCUUAGGUCAGAGUUUUUAGUGAACAAAGUCAAUGUGUCGAUCACUCUGUGCAUCCUUGGCUUGAUAGACACAGAGACAGCCAUAAAGGCAACUUCGGGGAUAUAUUUAGGACCUGCAUCUCCAAAGGAGGAGUGUGCUCUGGAGAUCAUCAAAGGGACAGCUCUGCGUCAAGACGAAAUGUACUAUGUCGGCUCACGCUGGGUCCCAUACCUGCUAGGAAAUCCAGGAAGAAAGAUCAUGGAAUUUCUCUCAGCAGCAGAAUAUAACUGGGACAAUGUAUUAAGCAACGAGAAACUCUAUGGAAGGUGGGCAUGAUGAAGGAUCUUGGAACUGUUCUGCACAAUGUUUUUCUGAGCUCUAGUCCUGAAGGUAUCUUCCCAGAGGAAUAACUAAUGCAUGCCCACCAGCUUAUAAGUUAUGGGGUACUUAUCACAACUGGAAGGAGUUCUUCUAAGACUUGCACAGUGGAAUUGUAAUUAUAACAAAUAUGAGCCACUUUACAGCCUGCUGUUUUAAAAAUGAUAGUAACCAUAUGUACAGUUUUACCAAAUUUAACUCUUAUGCUAUGAUGCUUAACAUGAUUAAUUAUAAUAAAUGUCAUAAAAUUCAUAAAUUCAAA